AUGUCGCUUUUCUUCUCUGGCAAGAUAGGUGAGACUGUGCUGAAUGCAACAGCAGGUACACCGGGGUCUCAAACAGUCGCGGGAUUCCAACCAAAUCCCUGCUCAUUUGACCUGCUCAAUGUGGCCAUUGACACGAACAUCGGGAUCCCCAUCCUGAUCGGCAUACUCAAGACUUUGACGAUCGGUCUACGGUAUACACCUCUGGCGAAUCCUCCCGAAUCGUCUUCAAGGCGGCUUUGCAACAUACUGCUCUUCCACGUUGCUUCUUCCACGUAUUCAUGUUCAUGUUCCGAGGAAUACAAUGUGACCUCGGUGCCAUACCUGGUCAUUCAGCGAGAUGGAAAGACGCUGGAGACGUUGAGAGCAGCCGACGUCGACAAACGUCUCGGGCUCUUACAUAUCCAAGCCUUCAGACUCGCAGGCCGCGUCGGGGCCGAGGCCAUCGAGGAGUUGAAUGAGCGGUUGGCAAAGUUGAUCAAGGCUGCGUAA